AUGUUACAACGCAAACAAACCAGCGUGAAUGACUUUCAUAGUUUUCCAAUCACUCGCAGACAUACAGAAUAUUCGGCUGAAUCAUACUUUCUUCCUUGUGAUGAACCACCUUUUAAUCGUGCGUGGCAUCAUCAAAAUCCUAUGGGAUUGGGGUCACUUGAAAUGUUACCUGAUACUGUUCUUUGA